AUGGAGAUUUCCAUAUUUUCAUUUGAGGAAAAAACACUAGCUUUAUUGCUCUCAAAACAUUCCCUCUCUUUGCUUCUUUUAUUCCUCAUUUUCACACUGUUUAUGUUCAAAUGGCUAAUCAAUCACUCUUCAAACAACCUCCUACCUUCUCCACCAAAACUUCCCAUAAUUGGAAACCUUCAUCAAAUCGGUUCCAUUCCUCAACGCUCUCUCAAAUCAUUAGCUGAAAAAUUUGGUCCCUUAAUGCUUCUUCAUUUUGGCAACAAACGUGUGCUCGUUGUCUCCUCGGCUAAUGCGGCUGAAUAUAUCCUUAGAACACAUGACAUAACUUUCGCUAAUAGGCCGAAAACAAUCUUUGCAAGAAGACUUUUAUACGAUUGCAGGGACAUUACAUUUGCUCCCUAUGGUGACUACUGGAGACAGAUAAGAAGCAUUUGUGUACUACAACUUCUUAGUCACAAGAGGAUUCAAUCAUUCAGAAGUGUACGCGAAGAAGAGGUCGGGUUAAUGGUGGAAAAAAUAAGAGAAUCUUGUGUGUCUGGCUCGCCAAUUCGUAUUAGUGACAUAUUGGGAACACUUGCCAAUAAUAUAAUUUCAAGGGUAGCGGUAGGGAAAAGAUACUCUGGAGAAAAAGUCGGGAGUAAGUUUAAGGAUUUAUUUGAGGAGUAUUGUUCGCUAUUGGGAGCAUUUAAUGUUGGUGAUUAUAUUCCAUGGCUUGGAUGGAUUAAUCACAUCAAUGGAAUGGAAUCAAGAGUGAAAAGGGUUGCCAGAGAACUCGACGAAUAUUUGGAAAAUAUUGUUGAAGAAGGAAUCAAGAGGCAAGAAAUUAGCAAAACAGAAAAUAAGGAUGGAAAAGAAGGGAACAAAGGGCAGCAGACUUUCAUCGAUGUAUUGCUUGAACUCAAGCAGCAGGAGGAUUCCGCAGGACAUGGGCUGGAUCGAGAUUCGAUUAAAGCUAUCAUUUUGUUGAUACCGUUUGGUUCUGGAAGGAGAAGUUGCCCUGGUUCUGGAUUUGGCUUGUUAAAUAUUGAACUCGCGCUUGCGAAUUUGAUGCUUAAAUUCAACUUUGUAUUAGCUGGUGGAAUGAAACCAGAGGAAUUGGACAUGAUCGAAUCUCCUAGUAUUGUAACUCCAAGGAAAACACCUCUGGUUCUUGUUGCAAGUCUAGCUAAUUAGAGGUGUUUCCAUUAUUUGUUCUUAUUUCAAAAUGCUACAAUGGUUAAGAUAUAUUGUAAGUCUUUUGCUACAAAAACCGAUCUAUCCUAUGUUUUGAGCAUAAAUGCUACAAUGCUAAAUGGCUUUCGAAUCACUGAAACAAUCGAAAUAACUUUUUUCUAGUCAAAUUUUGUCUAUCCAAAUUGAUGAAGAAAGCAUGAGAGUUCCAAGAUAGCAAAC